GCUGAGACAGCCAUAGAGUUUCUUUCUACGCCGCGUCCCCGUCUCCCACUUCACCCUGGAAGACACUCUCCUUCCACCGCCAACUCUCACUACCAGCAGCAUAAUGUCAGGACAGCCUGGUACCUUCGAUAUGAACGGAGACGAUCCUGUCGGACCCAAUGGCUCUGGAGCCGGCAGCCCAAUGAAUGCUACUGCGGCGGGCUCUAACCCAAUCAUGUCUUCACCCGUUGAUAGAAACGGCGCACCAGCAAACGCAGUACCCAAGGCCGUUGAGGAUGUCAUGUACAGUGAGAUAGGCAUUACGACCCUUCUGGCCCGUCUCAAGCAAUCCAUAGCCUCGGCGCGCGAGUUCGCAACGUUUCUACAAAAGCGAUCGAAGCUCGAGGAAGACCAAGCUACAGGUCUGAAGCGGCUGGCGAAGUCGCAGCUUGAGACCAUCGAGCGUUCGGAGUUCAGAGGCGGAAGCUACGCGGGGCAGUUGGCAGAGGUGAUGCGCACCCAUGACCGAAUGGCGGACAACGGCAUGCAGUUCGCGCUGUCGCUGCAUCAGAUGCACGAAGACCUGAACGUGCUCAGCAACAACAUGGAGCGUGGUCGGAAGCAGUGCAAGCACGAAGGGCUGGACGCCGAGAAACGCGCCUCGGAUGCGGAAGCUGCAAUGCACAAGGCCAAGGGGAGGUACGACGGCCUAGCGGAUGAUUAUGAUCGAGCGCGCACCGGCGACACGAAAGGCAGCCGGCGGAUGGGCUUGAAAGGUCCCAAAAGCCAGGAGCAGUACGAAAGCGAUUUGCAGCGAAAGUUGCAGGCAGCAGAUGCAGAUUACGAGGAGAAGGUGCGAAUGGCGAAGACGCAGAGGGAGGCGUUGUUGAACGAGCAUCGGCCGAGGGCCGUAAGGACGCUCAAGGAGCUUUGUCGAGAAUGCGACUCUGGCCUGACAUUGCAGCUGCAGAAGUUCGCGACGUUCAACGAAAAGUUGCUGCUCGGCAACGGAUUGGCGAUAUCGCCGCUUGCAGGUGAAGGGUUUGCGCAGAAAAGCAUGAGUGAUGUCGUGCGAGACAUAGACAACGACAGAGACUUCCACUCAUAUGUGUCGGCACAUGCCAACAAAGUGCCUCCUCGGCCAAGCGAGAUCAAAUACGAGCAGCAUCCGACAUUACGACCGAAGACUCAGCAGCCACUAGAUAAGGAGCUGACCGUCGAGAGGCCGCCGACAAUUCAACAGCCUCAGCCUGCACCACAGCAGCCCACUCUGUCGGUCAACACCACAAGCUCGCAGCCAAGCUCUAUGAACGGCAGGUACAACUCACAGCCUCCGCCUGGUCCGCUCGUCGCACCUUCGCAGAUGUCCAGCUACACGCAGCCUUUACACCAACCGCAGCCAACUCAAGAUUACGAUCGCGCACCAGCAUAUGGCCCGCCACCGCCCACACACUCGUCGUAUAGCCCCCAGCACGAACCGCUACAAGACAGCUACAAGAACCCACCUUAUCCAAUGCAUCCUUCCGAGCGCACUCCGACUUACCAACAGCCACCAGCACAACAAUCCAUGGUCUCUCCCAUCCAGCAACGCGACCCAGGCUACAAUAACGUUCAGACACCCUCCUCUGCGACCCCGACCGGACCAAGCGCCCCAAUGUCCGCUGCCACACAAACUCAACAACCUCCGGCACCCACCAACAACCUGCCGGCUUUGCGUCCCACCUUCGGCGUAAGCCUGCAAUCUCUCUUUGACCGCGACGCCUCCGCUGUCCCGCUCGUGGUAAUCCAAUGCAUUCUGGCGGUCGACCACUUCGGACUCGAAACGACCGGCAUCUACAGGCAAUCCGGCACGACCUCACAAAUUCAGAGUCUAAUCUCACGCUUCAACCACAACCCAUCCAGCGUCGACUUCCGCAAUCCGGCCAACUUCUACCACGACGUGCAUAUCCCAGCUGGACUGCUCAAGCAGUUCUUCAAGCAACUACCCGAUCCGCUGGUCACGGGCGAGAAGUAUGGCGCCUUUCUCGAAGCAGGAAAGAUUGAAGGGGUAGAGGGAAGGCGAGAUGCUCUGCAUGGACUUAUCAACGAGCUGCCGGACCCGAAUUACGCGACGUUACGGGCGCUAGUGUUGCAUUUGUGGAGGGUGAUGCAGAAUGAAAGCCGGAACAGGAUGGGUAGUGGCAACCUGGCGAUGUGCUUCGCGCCAAGCCUUAUGGGCACGCACACGGGCGAUCAAAUUGCGGACGCAGGGCUGCAGACAAGGGUAUUGGACACGAUCUUGGUCAACGCUACUGCUAUCUUCGACGAGGACUAAGGACGCGAGGGCUUUAAUCGUAAAAGGGUGUCGACUUCAUCGCGAUGAUGCUCCCUAUCGCCGCAAGACAGUCCGUCCUGCCUAUAGCGAGGAGUACACUGUUUUUGCAAGCUUAUGUAAUGUUCCACCACGGUCACGAACCCGCAUGUCAGGGGGUCUCGGAGGACUGUUGCGCUCGCCACGUCAAGCUGGUGAAACAGCUCAUAGUGCGCGAAAAUGUUCCUCCCCUUCAAGCAUUCUGGCCCUGUAGUGAUCUCUAAAUAUUGCCGAAGUUAGA